UGUUCAAAUCUUCCAGCUGGCAGAUAUGUCAUCUUCAUCGUCAGAAAAAGAUCAAAUCAAACCAUAGGGUUGGACAAUUCCAUUGUCCGAAUUAACUGCAUCUCCUCAUAUACGCUUCUGCAUAUAAUUUCUUUCGUUUUUAGCUUUUACACCUAGCUGGUCUCCCUCGCCAAUCUCUCUUUCUUACCCACGAUUUAAUGGAUGUUCAUGUUCCCACUAAACUCCUUGCGCUCUGUGUCCCUUUUUUCCUGUUUCUUCUAUGCUCUAAUGCUCAGACGAGCUCAAAUUCUAUCCAACUGGGCUCAAGCAUCGUUGCUGGCUCUAAUAAAUCUUGGACAUCACCUUCUGCUGAUUUUGCUUUUGGGUUCUACCCUCUCCCCCAUGGUCGCUACCUUGUGGGUAUUUGGUUCGAUAAGAUUAAUCCCCAGAAAACUCUGGUCUGGUCCGCAAAUCGUGAUGACCCGGCUCAGAUUGGAUCCACCAUCAAUCUCACACUCAGUGGCCAGUUAGUGCUGCUUCAUGCCAAUGGUUCGUUAGUUUCCAUCUACAAUCAAACAAAUAAUGCUUCUUCUGCUUCAAUGCUGGAUAAUGGAAACUUUGUCCUGAAAAACUCACUCUCAAACAUCAUCUGGGAGAGCUUUGCUUCACCCACAGAUACCAUUCUACCAGGCCAAAACUUGGUCAUGAGUCAGAUUCUUUAUUCAAAUGCCAAUGGAACACUAGACUACUCGACGGGGAAUUACAAGUUGGAGGUCCAAUCUGAUGGAAACAUUGUUAUCGCUGCUUUCAGGUAUUCCGGUCAUGCUUAUUGGUUCACUGGAACAAUCGAAAACAAUAGCGUCAGCAUCGUCUUCGACAACAAUACAGCUAUGCUUUACGCCGUCAAUGGCACCCGAAACAUUUACCAAAUGACAACCCAAAGCCAGCUGCCCAACCCAAUCGAAGAUUUCUACCAUCGAGCGACAAUCAACGAUCAUGGUAACUUCGAACAGUUGAUUUUUCAUAAAAAAAACGGAACAGAGUGGACGCUUAUAUGGGAUGCUAUAACAGAGCCCUGCUUAGUGGAUGCUAUUUGUGGGGUAAAUGGCUUUUGCACUUCACCUGACAACAAGGUGAUCAAUUGUAGCUGCUUGCCUGGGUAUACACCUUUGGAUCCUUAUGUUCCCUCCAAAGGCUGUUAUCGUAAUUUGGAGAUGGAUUUUUGCGCUGCAAAUUCAUCUGCCUCGGACUUCACUGUGCAAGAAAUUUCAGAUGCUGAUAUACCCAACUUGAAUUUUGCUGAUAUGCAGUGGAUACCUAAUUCAGAUUUGAUUAGUUGCACGAGGGAAGUGAUGAGUGAUUGUUUUUGCAUGGCUGGUGUUUUGAUUGGCACUGAUUGUUUCAAGAAAAGGACACCUCUUUUGAAUGGAAGAAUAAGCAUCCCGACGACCAGUAAAAGGGUGGCGCUAGUUAAAGUUCCUGUGGUUCGCAAAGAUGAUGGAAAUGACUCACCUUCUUGGAUUGUUCUGCUUGUAUCAUUCAUAUCUUGUUCCCUGCUCGCUCUUGUUUUUGCAGCUUCUGCUGUUCAUCAUAACCCAAAGUUUCGCCGUUGGAUACGUAAGGAGCCACCUCCCAACCCAAAGCCAGUGGACAUAAAUCUAAAGACGUUUUCAUUUCAAGAGUUGAGAGAGGCAACAAAGGGGUUCAAGAACAAACUUGGUCGAGGAGCAUUUGGCACUGUGUAUAGUGGGAUUUUGACGUUGGAGGGCGAACAGGUUGAGGUUGCCGUGAAACAACUGGAAAAAGCAGAGGAUCAGGAUGAGAUUCGUGAGAAGGAGUUUGUGACCGAAGUUCAAGUCAUUGGUCUGACUCAUCACAGGAAUCUUGUCAGGUUAUUAGGCUUCUGUAAUGAACGAAAUCAUCGUCUCCUAGUUUACGAGAUGAUGAAAAAUGGGUCGCUCUCCAGUUUACUUUUUGGGGAAGGGGAUAAACCCAGAUGGGAAGACAGAGCCAAGAUUGCGCUUGAAGUUGCAAGGGGCUUGCUAUAUUUGCAUGAAGAAUGUGACCCACAAAUCAUCCAUUGCGACAUAAAGCCACAGAAUGUUCUUCUUGACUCCAAUUAUACGGCAAAAGUUUCUGAUUUCGGCGUUGCAAAGCUGCUAAAGAAAGACAGAACUCGAACCAGCACCAACGUCAGAGGGACAAUGGGAUAUAUGGCACCAGAAUGGCUCAAGAAUGCUCCCGUCACGGCAAAGGUUGAUGUGUAUAGCUUUGGGGUCAUGUUGUUGGAGACCAUAUUCUGCAGAAGGCACAUAGAGCUACAUCCGAGUCAAGAUGAAGGAGAGGGUGAGGACAUGAUACUCAUAGAUUGGGUUUUAUAUUCAGCAAAAGAAGGAAAUUUAAGAGUGAUGGUGGAUCACGAUGUUGAAGCUCUAAAUGAUUUCAAUAGGUUUGAGAGGAUGACUAUGGUUGGAUUGUGGUGCCUGUCUCCUAAUCCAGCGGUUCGGCCAACUAUGAAGAAGGUGACACAGAUGUUGGAAGGAGCCAUGGAGGUUGGUGUUCCUCCUUUGAUUGAUGCACAAAUGUGACAACUUAAUUUGUAACCAAAUUUGUAUCCCUUUUCAAUUUUUUUUUUCCUGGCAUAUUCCGCCAUAUGAUUUUAAUCGAACGAAUUUCGUUUGAAGGCCUUCGCUUAGUGCAGUAAUUUUAUGCGAACCAUUUUAACUCACGUAAAGCUCCGACUUUUAGAUUCUGUUUGUUCACCACACAUGGAAGUGACACACAAAUUAGGCUC